CCGCCAGUUGCCCAUCCCUGCAGAACCAACAGCUAGUGGCCUGUUUAUAAUGUUAAGCCCUUAGGAACGCCUACACUUUAAAUUCCCAUGGGGGGGGUGUAUUUAGGACUCUCAAAAACUUCAAUAUUAAAGACGUGAAAAUGAGACAUAAAUCUAAAUCAUCAACAUUGGACCAAGAGUAGGCUUAGAAUUGUGUCGAAUGUUCCGUCGGAGGUAGCCUUAUGGCAAUAGCAGGAUGAGCGGGAAGCGCGUGGGUACGUCCUGGACUCGAGUCGCGGGGUGACCCCCAUCGUAUGACUCACGUGCAGAGGCGGAGACUCCAUAUCUAAAUCACUACUGGAGAGCUGUCUCUUUUUCAGACCGUCCAACGCGGUGGGAAAAUUAACAAGAAUAAGUCAACAUUACGUUAAAAUUUCAAGACCAAAGCAACGCAAUGUUCACAAUGUGAAGAAAAUGUCCGGGAUAAGUCCAGAUUGGGUGGAGAUCCUGGAGCCACGCUCUCGGGAGCGCAUGUAUGUGAACCUGGCCACUGGCGAAUGCGGCUGGGACCCUCCCUUGGGUGCACCCGUUCGUCAGGCUGACGGCAACCAGUGGUGGGAGCUAUUUGACCCCCAGAGCGGCCGCUUCUACUACUACAACUCCGUAGGACGCCAGACUGUCUGGCACCGACCCCAAGGGGGCGACAUAGUUCCCCUCUCCCAGCUACAGGCUAUGAAGCGCUGCUCUGAGGCCAAGCGGGCCGGGGGAACUGGAGAGAGGGACAGGGAGCCUGGAACAGGUAGACUGGGGAGUACAGACAGCCAGGGACACUGCACCCCUAAUCCAGAGCAUUAUGGAGCGGGGAGUACAGACAGCCAGGGACACCGCACCCCUCAUCCAGAGCACCAUGAACCAGGAAGCCUGGGGAGUACAGGCAGCCAGCGACACCGCACCCCUCGCACAGAGAAUUAUGGAGCGGGGAGUACAGACAGCCAGGGACACCGCAUCCCUCAUCCAGAGCAUUAUGGAGUGGGGAGUACAGACAGCCAGGGACACCACACCCCUCGUCCAGAGCACCAUGAACCAGGAAGCCUGAGGAGUACAGGCAGCCAGCAACACCGCACCCGUCUUGCAGAGCAUUAUGGAGCGGGGAGUACAGACAGCCAGGGACACCGCACCCCUCAUCCAGAGCACCAUGAACCAGGAAGCCUGGGGAGUACAGGCAGGCAGCGACACCGCACCCCUCGUCCAGACCAUUAUGGAGCGAGGAAUACAGACAGCCAGGGACACCGUACCCCUUGUCCAGAGCACCAUGAACCAGGAAGCCUGGGCAGUACAGACAGCCAGCGACACCGCACCCCUCUUCCAGACCAUUAUGGAGCGAGGAGUACAGACAGCCAGGGACACCGUACCCCUUGUCCAGAGCACCAUGAACCAGGAAGCCUGGGCAGUACAGACAGCCAGCGACACCGCACCCCUCAUCCAGAGCGUUAUGGAGCAGGAAGCCUGGGGAGUACAGACAGCCAGGGACACCGCACCCCUCAUCCAGAGCAUUAUGGAGCAGGAAGCCUGGGGAGUACAGACAGCCAGGGACACCGCACCCCUCAUCCAGAGCAUUAUGGAGCAGGAAGCCUGGGGAGUCCAGACAGCCAUGGACACCGCACCCCUCAUCCAGAGCAUUAUGGAGCAGGAAGCCUGGGGAGUCCAGACAGCCACGGACACCGCACCCCUCGUCCAGAGGAUAGUAAUCCUGUCCCCAGAACCCCUGAGACCCCAAGCGAGAGAGAGACUUCAGACACAGUGGUGGACAGCAGACCAGCUCAGGGAGACAACAGCUCGGACGAAAGCAAGGAGUCACUGAGAGAGCGCUCUCAGAGAUGGCAGCCUUCCCCAGGGUCUAAGGCAGCAAUGUUGGUUAAAGUAAACACUGUCAGCCGGAUCCAGCCUGGAGGCCCAUCUAGCCCGGACCUGCAGCUCCGCCACCACAACACACACACACACAACAAGCCCAACGGCCACCAGGCCUUCACCCUCCACCCCGUCAGCAGCAAACCCCCGGGGGCUCACUCCUGCUCCACCCAGGGCUACAAGACCGCACCCUCCGGCAAGAUGGCUGCCGACGCCCGGCAGGCCCACCACUUAAGAAAGACCGGCAACGGCAGCUUCUGUCUGGUGUCCUCUGACCCUCCCCAAACUCCCAGCAGUCACAGGUCCCAGCCCAGCACCCCCAGGUCAGUGUCACCACAGUAUGCCUCCACACCUCACCUCUACGACGACCCGGGAAAAGAGUGUCCCAUCUAUGAUGAGCCUCCUGUGGACAUGGAGGUGGAGGGGGCUCACCUCCAUAAUGAGCCUAGUGGUCUAUCCCGUCUCACCCCCACACACAGCCUGCAAAAGCCCAGGCUCCUCCAGCACCCUGGCUCCUCUCACUCCGAAUCCAGGCACAAGAGGAACCCUUCUGCCUCUGACUACAGCCCUGCUGGCCUGGAGUGCAUCAAGCACAUGGUUGUUGUGGACCCAAAACAGGGCCUCCUCUCCACCUCCCCCGGUCCCACCCGCACCCCCUCCCCCACACCACGAUCAGACCCCCUCUUGGCCGAGCCCCAGUCCCAGCCACGGGGGCAGCAGAGGGAGCCAGGGACCCUGGAGAAGAAGCAGACAUGGCGAGCCCUGGAGGCCAGUGUCUUGAGGGCAGUGGAGGCUCGUCACAGCAGGCAGAGCAGCCAGGCCUCGCAGGACUUCCCCACACCUCCAUGCCCCCAGACCACCGCCACCUACCAGGACUCUGGCUACUCCACUGGCCCCUCUCCGAGCCUGAGGAGGAAGAGCCGGCGGAGGCUGGGGGCCGGAGGCCGGCCUGGCUCAGUGGGCAGCAGCGGAGAGCUGUGUGCCCUUAACGAGAGGCUGAUGGCGGAGAUGAGAGAGGUGGUGAGCCGCUCCAAUACCAUGAGGGAGAUGAAGGCUGGAGGCCUGGGGGCAGAGAUUGGCGAGAGGGGCGCAGUUCCCCGGACACGUUCCCCUGUGGACUCCCUGCAGUGGUAUGGAGGAGGAGGAAGGUGUGCGUCACGAGAAGACGUCCCCUCCGCCAGCCGCUCGCUGAGCAGGGGGGGUAAUCAUGGCAACCCGGCCCUGCCACCCCUGGAGAUGCCUGGUAGGCAGAAGAGGACCUAUGAGAAGGUGGACACCUUGGAGAAGAGCAUCACCAGUCAGGCCGGCCUUUCCUCACCAGACACCCCUGGACCUCCCUCAGAGGUGGGGACCCUGGAACUGAAGGCUCAGUUGGACAGCAGGAAGAAAGGUAUGGUGGACGGACGAACAGGCUCACUGGGCCCACAUCACCAACGUUCCGUCUCCCAUGACAACAUAGAGGGAGAAGGAAGAGGAGGAAUAGGAGGCUCCUACCACCAGCUCUCUUAUGCCACCCUGCGCAAGCCCCCGCCCCCAGACACCUCAGGCAUGGCGGACUGGGCCAGCAAGCACCUGAACAUGCACACCCAGGGCCUGUUCCGCCGCCGUGUCUCCAUCGCCAACAUGCUCUCCUGGAACCGCGGCUCCAUCAAGAAGCCCAUGCUGGUGACCAGCGACCGUGCCGUGAGGAAGGAAGCCUGUGAGAUGUUCAAGCUGGUCCAGGCCUACAUGGGAGACAGACCCUCACGGCUGGACCGUCGCCACGCCGCCCUGCUCAUCGUCACCAAGUGCUGGGGCAUGCAGGGCCUGAGGGAUGAGCUGUAUGUGCAGCUGGUGAGGCAGACCACAGGCAACACCAGCCCUAGGAGCCUGGCGGCAGGCUGGGAGCUGAUGGCUGUCAGCCUGGCCUUCUUCGCCCCCUCUCCCAAGUUCCGAUGCUACCUGGAGGGAUACAUCCAGAGGCACACGGAUCCGAGCAGUGACAAGAAACGUGAGUCUCAAACUGAGCAACAGGUGGCUCAGUUCAUACUAGACCAGCAGGACAUGAAGCUGAAGAAGAACUCAAAGUCCAGAAAGAAACGGAAACAGAACACUGAUGAAGAAGGUCUGCCCAUCAGCACGUAUGCAAAGUUCUGCUAUCGCAAACUACAGAAAGUGGCCAUAACUGGAGGCAAAAAGGGUCUUCGUAAGCCAACUCUGGAGGAGAUUGACCACAGCAGACGGGCCAUCGUGACCCCCUCCCUGUUUGGCAGCUCCUUGGACGAGGUGAUGGAGCGCCAGAGUGAACUCUUCCCAGACAGGAAGCUACCCUGGGUACAGGUCCAGCUCUCCCAAUACGUCCUGGCACUGGGAGGGGCCCAGACUGAGGGCAUCUUCAGGGUGCCUGGCGAUAUCGAUGAAGUCAACGCAUUGAAGCUCCAGGUCGACCAAUGGCGGAUCCCAGAAAACCUCUCAGACCCCAACGUACCUGCCUCCCUGAUGAAGCUGUGGUAUCGUGAGUUGGAGGAGCCUCUCAUCCCCAUGGCCUUCUACAAGCAGUGUGUCAGUAACUAUGAUGACCCUGUGGCAGCCAUUACUGUUGUACAGUGUCUGCCUGAGCUCAACAGACUGGUGCUGUGCUACUUCAUCCACUUCCUGCAGGUGUUUGCUCAGCCUGCUAAUGUGUCUGUUACUAAGAUGGAUGUCAAUAACCUUGCCAUGGUGAUGGCCCCCAACUGCCUCCGCUGCCAGUCUGAUGACCCACGAAUCAUCUUUGAGAACACACGCAAGGAGAUGUCUUUCCUGCGCAUGCUCAUCGUUCACCUGGACACCAGUUUCAUUGAGGGCGUUGUGUAGACUGACUCCCUUGACACCACGUGCCCCAGUGCCACUGAGUGAUUCGCUCUGCGAAGCCCGCCCCACUCCAUUGACCUAUUGCAAAACACACACACACGCACUGGAAAUCAUACUGUAACAAUACCAGAUUUGAUCAGUUCUGUCUUCAAAGGCAGGGUCAUAACAAGAUAAGAGAGAACCCAGAUGUUUCACCACUGAGUACUGUACGUAACACAGUCACUUGACAGUGGACCCAUCCUCUGUUCUACUUUCUGACUGCAGAACAAUACAUCUGUGCCUACUGCAUAGGUGACAUUGUGUGUCAUAUGUGAUGGAAACCCCACAAUUAUUGCACACAAAAAGACUACAAAUGACUUUACAUCAUAGGGACCGCUUUUUAUCCAGUUCAUUUGGAUGACUUUGUUUUAACUGCAUGUAAAAUCUGAUUUUCCUCCUACAUUUAUAACUGAAUGUGAAGUGCCAUUGUUUCUUUGCUGGAUAUGGGCUGUGCAGGAGGAGUCUCAUGGUUUGUACAGGAUGGACAUUGUCAUCAGGAAAAAGACCCAGGGUCCCCUCCUUAUAUCUAUUUGGCCUCUGUAUGUAUGUAUGUAUGUAUGUAUGUAUGUAUGUAUGUAUGUAUGUAUGUGUGUGUGUGUGUGUGUGUGUGUGUGUGUGUGUUUGAGUUCUAGAGACUCAGCCUCCAGUUCUUAUUUACAAAUGAGAAAAAAUGUCUAAUUUAAAAAUGAGCGUGCCUGUGAUGUUUUUAGUAGUUCUAUCAACAAGACUGCUAUCAGUCUUGAUCAUCUUGACUGAUCAGUCUCACUGCUAUGUUGGUGAUUUUAUCUAAAAAAAUUAAAAAAAGUUUUACCACAGCCAUUUUGAUAUAGAGCCACAGUCUAUAGUCUGACUACAGUAGAGCCACAGUCAGAGCGUACAUUUCAAAGUACAAACUGGAAGCAAUAAGACCAUGUGUUUUGGAGCUUGUGUAAAAUGCCCGUUUUAGUGGUCUCCUCAACAGUGUGUGUUGUGCAAUAACAACCCUCUGAUUUUCAACUGCUGAGGGAGGAUGUUAUAAAUGUAUUCUGGUACAUGUAUGUACUAUGUGUAUGGGAGAUCUAUUCGGCAGCAGGUAGCCUAGCAGUUAGAGCGUUGGGCCAGUAACCGGAAAGGUCGCUGGUUGGAAUGCCUGAGCUGACUAGGUGAAAAAUCUGUUAAUGUGCCCUUGAGCAAGGCACUUAAUCCUAAUUUUCUCCAGGGUUGCCGUACUACUAUGGCUGCACUUAUCCAGUGCGUUGCCAAAAAUACAUGUUUUUUUUGUUGUUGCAAUACACCAAUAUUGAAAGAGGCAUAAACACAUGUGUAAUGUAGUAACACUAUCACUUCUUUUCACCAUAGAUAUUUUGGCUCAGGUGUUCCGUUAAAACGGGUGUAGUGAUAACUGCUCUCUGCUUCCCUCGGUAAAUGAAGGUCUGAAUUUCACAUGCAUCCAAACUAUGAUGUAGUAAACUGACAAUGUAGAUAAGACACUCCCUGGAAGCUUUCCUGUGUAAAUAAUGCUUGUAAAUAGUAACAGUAACUCUGGCUGUAUUUUCAAAUGAUCAUGAUAAAUAUGAACCUUUUUGAUUUUGUAACUACUCAUAAUUUCCCUCCUGCAAGCUUGCCUUUGAAAAUAGUACUGAUUCAACCACUCAUUGUUUGUGUUGUGUAUUAUGUGAACAUACCCUCUGUUAUUCUAUGAAAUGAUUGUUCAAGAAAAAUAAAGGUUUAAUUGUAGACUGGU